GUUAUAGAUUUGGGUGUGAUGACUCCAUGUGAAAAAAUUAUUGAAACUGCUCUUAAUGAGAAAGCUGAUGUUAUUGGUCUGUCAGGAUUGAUUACACCAUCUUUAGAUGAAAUGAUAAACGUUGCUAAAGAAAUGGAAAGGCGUAGCUUGAAUGUUCCAUUACUUAUCGGUGGUGCAACAACAUCCAAGGCUCACACUGCUGUAAAAAUUUCACCCCAAUAUUCUCAACCAACGAUUCACGUAUUAGAUGCUUCAAAGAGUGUUGUUGUGGUAUCAAACCUUUUAGAUGAAAAGAUGAAAGAAGAAUUUUGGGAUGAUAUAGCAGAAGAAUAUGAAGAAAUUCGUGAAGAUCAUUAUUCGUCAUUAAAAGAUCGAAAGCACUUGUCAUUAAAAGCUGCUAGAGAAAAAAAAUUUGAGAUAGAUUGGAAAAAUCAAGCACCGCCGGUUAAACCAUCAUUUAUUGGGAAAAAAGUAAUUAAUGGUUAUGAUUUGAAGCGAAUUUCCGAGUAUAUCGAUUGGAAUCCAUUCUUUCAAGUUUGGCAAUUACGUGGAAGAUAUCCUAAUCGUGGUUUUCCAAAGAUUUUUAACGAUGAGCAUGUUGGCAAAUUACACGAAGAAGCAUUGGCUUUUAUUAAAAAAAUUAUUGAUGAAAAAUUGUUUGUUGCUAAAGGAAUUGUUGGGAUUUAUCCUGCCAAUAGUGUAGAUGAUGAUAUACAGGUUUACGAAGAUGAAUUACGAUCUAAAGCUUCUGCAACAUUCUUUGGUUUAAGGCAACAGUCCCAAAAAGAAACUGAUGAUCCAUACCUUUGCCUUUCCGAUUUCAUUGCACCUAAAGAUUCUGGCAUACCAGAUUAUUUAGGUUUAUUUGCUGUAGGAAUAUUUGGCGCAGAAGAAUUAUGCAAAAAAUUCCAAGAAGAUAAUGAUGAUUAUAAUAUAAUAAUGACUAAAGCAAUCGCAGAUAGAUUUGCAGAAGGAUUUGCGGAAUGCUUACAUGAGGAUAUACGAAAAACAUUGUGGGGAUUUAGUCCAAAUGAAGAUUUAUCACUAGGAGAUAUGUUAAGUGUAAAAUAUCAGGGAAUUCGACCUGCUCCUGCGUAUCCGUCACAACCUGAUCAUCGUGAAAAAUCUACAAUGUGGAAGUUGAUGAACAUUUAUGAAGAAACGGGAAUCGAGUUGACAGAUGGACUAGCUAUGUUACCCGCUGCUAGCGUAUCAGCUUUGGUAUUCGCAAAUCCUGAAUCGCAGUAUUUCGCCGUUGGAAAAAUUGAAAAAGAUCAGGUUAUAAGCUAUACAGAACGUAUUAAUAAGGAUUUAGAAGAAACUGAAAAAUGGUUACGUCCAAUUUUAAAUUAUGAUUAA